CUGCUGACCCAGACCGUCAGUGUCCAGGACGCGGUUACCUUGGAGAUGACUGACAGCAGCGGGGGGUCAGGCCCGGUCAUCUGGCGGAAGGACGGGUCCAUUAUCUCGGGGGAGUCGGAGCUUACGCUGACCAUCGACAGCGUGGGGACCCAGGCCACCGGCGUGUUCGAGUGUUACCGCACGGAGGAACAGAGGCAGGCGGCCGAGCAGGCUAUCAUGCGGCUCAUCGUUAGAAGUUGCCCUGACGGAAAGUGGGGCCGCGGGUGUGACCAGGACUGUCCUGACUGUGAGAACGGCGGAGUCUGUAACCCGAGUGACGGGAGGUGCAUGUGUGCGCCAGGGUUCAUGGGGGAUACGUGUGACGAAGCCUGUGGUUCUAACGGUUUCGGGCUGGAGUGUGAGUACAAGUGUUCAGACGAGACGGACGCGCGGGAGACGUGUGCAGGGAGGCUGUUCUGCAUCCAGGACCCGUACGCAUGCUCAUGCUACAUAGGAUUCAAACCGCCGGAGUGCCAGGAUCCCUGUGAUGAGAAGACGUUCGGAGUGAACUGCCUGAAGCAGUGUAACUGUAAGGAGCAGUGUGACGUCGUGAACGGAGCCUGCGAUGACGGGUGCGAGGCGGGAUGGGAGGGAGGCGACUGUCAGACAGAAUGCGCAGAAGGAAAGUUCGGUGAGGACUGUACAGAGACCUGCCACUGCCUGGAUGACGUGGCUUGUGACAGGUUCACGGGUCGCUGCCCAAACGAUACAUGCGCAGGAGGCUGGGUGGGAGAGAUCUGCCAGGACAGACCCUGUUCAGAGGACCCGUGUCAGAAUGACGCCACCUGUCUGGACACACCUGAGGAGGGUCCGGACUACUACACCUGCACCUGCACGGAGGGGUGGGAGGGAACCAACUGCGACCAGGAAAUUGACGAGUGUUCAUCGGAUCCGUGUCAGAAUGGCGGAACCUGUACGGACGAGUUUGCGCAGUACUCCUGCGCAUGCACAGACAAGUACGAAGGAGACAACUGUGAAGUCGAGAUCCCGUGUGCCGGGGAGGACGGGGGUAGUCCGUAUCGCCCCCCGUCUCGGCUGAACUUAACGUGUACUGUUCUCCCCACAGAGAUCCCUGGUGCAGGAGAAGACGGAGGAAUGUCCGGUGGAGGCUCCCUUGGGGUGAUGAUCGGAGAGAUCCCUGGAGCCGGGGAGGACGGAGGAAUGUCCGGUGGAGGCUCCCUGGGGGUUCUGAUCGGGGGCGCGGUUGGCGGAGUUGUGUUCCUGGCCGUGCUCGGGUCGCUGGCGCACUACCUGAUCAAGAAGAAGUCCAAACCUGCCGUGGUGAAGCCAAAGUCCGACCCAGCGGACUAUGAGUGA